AUGGAGAAACAAGGUGUCCCCAUGCAGCAAUACCCCCAAUCGCCCGACCUAACCGGCACACCCCAACCGCCCGUCUACCACCAGGACCCUGCCGCGCAGCACCAACAGCAGCAAUAUGCGCAGCACCAACAGCAAUACGCGCAGUCGCCGCCGCCCCAGCCCGCGCAGCCCGCGCAGCCCGCGCACGCCUACGAGCAACAAAAGGCGUACCCCACCCCCCAGCCCGGCAUGCCGCCGCAGCAGCAGUCCGGCGCCGUGUACCAAAAUGCAACGCCCAUAGCGAGUCUAUCCCGCGGGCCCGCGCCAGCAGACUGUCCCGCGUGCGGCCAGCGCAGCAUGACGAACUGUAGUUUCGAGACGGGGAAUACGACGCAUGCGUGGGCCUUGGGCCUCUGCUGUCUCUGCCUUGUGGGAUGCAUCCCGUAUCUGAUGAACAGCCUCAAGGAUGUCUCGCACAAGUGUGGUCGCUGCGGCGUGUUGCUUGCGACCUGGCAUCGUAGCGGCACGACGGAGGUGCAUAUCCACUCGUAG